AGGAAAAGCAAAUGGAGCAACAAGGAGAAGAUGUUGGUGGGUUUAAUGGUAGUGAAAGAGAGGCCAUGGGAUUGAGAGUGUUGGUAGUUGAUGACUCUCCUAUGGAUAGGAAAAUAGUGGAAGGUUUGCUCAAGAGUAGUGGUGGUGGUGGUGGUGGUGGUGGUGGUGGUGGCAUCUUUGAAGUUGUCGCUGUCGAUAGCGCAAAGAAGGCGAUGGAAGUUCUCGGAUUACACGAAGGAAAGGCUAAAUCUUCCACUGCUAGUGAGCAGAAAAUCGACAUUAUACUUACCGACUACUGCAUGCCAGAAAUGACUGGCUAUGACCUUCUCAAGGUCGUCAAGGAGCAGAGCUUCCUAAAGCCUAUCCCUGUCGUCGUAAUGUCGUCAGAACAUGAGCCCCAGAGAAUCAGCAGAUGUCGAGCAAUCGGAGCUGAGGAUUUCAUCAUAAAGCCACUUCAAGCAACCGACAUCCACCGAUUGAGAGAGUACGCGAGACCCGCAUCGCUGACAUCGAAAGCAGGCGCCAAGAGAAAGAAUUCUUCGGAUCUUAUAGCUGAGAAGAGUGAUUCAGAGAGGAGACCGCGCCUCGCGGGUGUUGCAGCAGCAUGAGGAAUCAAAUUGACCAUCUCAGAUGGCGCGCUAAUAGUUAGUUUUAGGGUACAAAUAAUUUUGAGUCCCUGUUGUUUUUCCUCGUCUUCGGUAUUGAAUGGUUCAACUGCAUCGAUUUCUACUGUAACUUUUUUUUUCUGCUACUUUAGUAAGUUGAGAUUGUUCGGUGUACACGAAUGUGUCGCGUACUAACGCGAUCGGAUUGUGGUGCAAAUGCUUUUCUUAAAUGGUGUGAUUGAU